ACCAGAACUGUAGUGGUGGUGAAGAGGAUCAUCUGCCUUCUGAGAUGGUCUUUAAAAGGAAGAAGUGACGCUCAACCAGCAGAAAACAAAGCAGACUUCUAUCCAGCAUGAAGUGACAAAGCUCUUCCCAUCUAGAAAGUAGAAAAUCAGUUGUAAACAUCCCUUAGAACUGGGAAAACCAGUACCUCUGCUGCAUAGCUACACGGAUUUGAGACCCCAGUAAGGAUGCAAUUGUGCUGUGAAUCCAUAAAUGGCUCUUGCAUAAGGAGCGGCUGGUCAAACAGCAUCCGUAUUUCCAUGUACAUCUUCAUGGUUUGUAUUAUUCUGGCCACAGUGGUUGGGAAUCUGACAGUUAUCAUCUCAAUAUCACAUUUCAAGCAGCUCCACACGCCUACAAAUUUCCUGAUACUUUCAAUGGCUACGGUAGACUUCCUGCUGGGAUUCUUCGUCAUGCCUUGCAGCAUGGUGCGCUCUGUUGAGCACUGCUGGUAUUUUGGGGAGUUCUUCUGCAAGAUCCACUCAAGCACGGACAUUAUGCUGAGCACAGCUUCUAUCUUCCAUCUUUCCUUCAUAUCCAUCGACCGUUACUAUGCUGUGUGUGACCCUUUAAGAUACAAAUCAAAGAUAAAUACUUUUGUCAUCGUGGUCAUGGUGUGUACAAGCUGGAUGGUCCCUGCUGCUUUUGCUUUUGGGAUGAUCUUUCUAGACCUAAAUUUGAGAGGGGCAGAAAAGAUUUAUAAUCAUGUCCACUGUGCAGGAGGAUGCUUUCUCCUUUUUAGUGAAACUUCAGGUAUUGUGGCCUCCAUAGUGUCUUUUUACAUCCCUGGAUUUGUUAUGCUGUGCAUCUAUAGGAAAAUAUACUCUGUAGCCAAGAAGCAGGCAAGAUCCAUCAAUACAAUUAGCAGAAAAAAAAUGCAAUUUGAAAUGAAGCACCACAUUUCAUUCUGCAGAGAAAGGAAAGCUGCUAAGACUUUAGGCAUCAUAAUGGGUGUGUUUCUCAUCUGCUGGACUCCAUUCUUCUUCUUUACAGCUACCAAUCCAUUUAUGAAUUAUGUGAUUCCUCCUGUUCUCAUUGAUGCUUUGGUUUGGUUUGGCUAUUUAAAUUCUACACUUAACCCAGUUGUUUAUGCAUUUUUUUACUUGUGGUUUCGCAGGGCAUUGAAGAUUAUUCUGUUAGGAAAAGUUUUUCAACAGGACUCUUCCAGGACUCAUUUGUUCUCAGACUAAUGUGUUUUAAAUGGUUGGAUUCAUGGCUUUGAAGUUUUGCCUGGAGGCUGAACUCCCAGAUGUAAGAGCUGUGAAGGAAGGAAAUUCCUUCCAAAAUUUAUUUGCCUAUUUACCAAAUAUAGUUCAAGCAG